GCGCACAGAAAGUGGGGGGAAUAAGAUCUGCAUUUAUUGAUGAGCAGGGUUAAUUUUUGUUUUUGGUGGUCUCUUAAUAAUGCUAGACUGCUCAGUCAUUUAUGACACUGUAGAGGAGGUGAAAUACAUAAAGAAUAACAACCACAGGAGUGUUUUGUGGCGCUUUCUCUAAUGUCCUCUUGUUUUUUUUGCCACCAGAACAAAACCAGCUCUCCCCUCCUCCUCCAUCCUGAUCCCUCCUCACGUAAUGUGUUGCUCAUAGCAUCAAACUUCAAGUCCAUGUUCGUGACCAGGAUUCAAACCAGAGCUCUGUAGAUCCGGAGACAAUCCACACUUCUUCUUCUUCUCCACCUCCCCAAAAAAGAAAAACAAAGUCACACUUUAGAGGCGCCAUUCAGUGUCCAACCUGCAGACGGUUUGCUCUGCUCCUCAGACGUGCAGCACCGUGGAGGUAGAGUCCACUCACCGUGACUCAUCCGUGCGCAGUGACAGACCAGCAGACAAGUCUUCCUUUAAAUGUCAGCAAAUCAAAGCUACUUGAACAAAAGCAAGGUCACCUUGUGUGCGGAGAAACUGAAGCUCGGCUUUGUGUUUUUUUUUUUCUCUUCCUCGCCUUGUUGGAGUGUACCAAAGAGCGCAGCGGUCUCUCCUUCAGGAUUUAAUUUGCUGAUAAAUUCACUUUGGUUGUCGUGGACUGCACCUGUUCACCUGGACACCUCCACGUGGGUGACUUUAACCUGCAUCACGGUCACCGGUGCGUAAAUCACCUUGAAGUGUUAUUUAUCCUUCAAGUUUCGUGGAGUAAAAGUCAGAUUAGUGAGGAAAAUGACAUUAAUUUGAUGAGAUAAAAUUAUUGCUGCCCUUUUUAUUCUCAUGGCUUCAAAUCUAAAUACAGUUUGAGCUGUGAUUUUUCAGGUUUACUCUCAGGUUGUUGUUGUUUGUUUUUUUUUUACCACCAUCCAUCCUGAGCAGCAUCAUGAAAUAAUCUGCUCCUGUUAAAAGGUUGGAUUUGGAUUGACUUUAGUUCCAGAAUGUGCUCUUUUUUUUGCAUGCUGUGGGGAGAAUUUGAAUCUCAACUUGGGAGACAGGCUGCGUCCUUGUCGUCCACAGGUCUGCAAGUUGAGCAUCUUUUUAAUGUUAAAGAGCAAGAGGCGCAUUUUUAAAAGCCAUGCCUCCUUGUUUUGACUUUUCAUAGAGGUGGGGAGGAAUAAAAAUAAAAUAGGGGGUUAAAAAAAAGUGAGCAGGCUUUUUGAGGUGAGGACUUUGGCACAGGGUCUCGGGAGUGAUGGCGGCGUCUGCACCCUCCUCCUCCGGCGGUGAAGCGGAUCCCAACUCGACAAAUUUACGGCCACCGGGCUCAAGCUAUGACGCAUGGUGUGGAGUUGCUCAUGGAUGCACUAGAAAAUUGGGAAUGAAGAUAUGUGGAUUCCUGCAGAAGAACAACAGUCUGGAGGAGAGGAGCAGGAUCGUGAGCUCCUUCAAGGAGCGCGCAGCCAAAAACCUGCUGUCCUGCGACAACAUCGGUGGAGACGCGCGUUUCAGGAGAACAGAGACCGACUUCUCCAAUCUGUUCGCCAGAGAUCUACUACCUGCCAAAAAUGGAGAGGAACCAACCAUGCAGUUCUUGCUGGAGGUCGUGGAAAUCCUCACCAACUACAUCCGCAAGACCUUUGACAGAUCCACCAAGGUGCUGGACUUCCACCACCCCCACCAGCUACUGGAGGGGAUGGAGGGCUUCAACCUGGAGCUCUCCGACCAGCCAGAGUCCCUGGAGCAGAUCCUGGUGGACUGCAGGGACACCCUGAAGUACGGAGUGAGGACAGGUCACCCCAGGUUCUUUAACCAGCUGUCCACCGGCUUAGACAUCGUGGGGUUGGCAGGAGAGUGGCUCACCUCCACAGCAAACACCAACAUGUUUACCUACGAGAUCGCUCCUGUUUUCGUGCUAAUGGAGCAGCUGACACUGAAAAAGAUGAGAGAGAUCAUCGGCUGGCCGGUUGGAGAGGGUGAUGGAAUAUUUUCUCCAGGAGGAGCCAUUUCCAACAUGUACAGCGUGAUGAUCGCCAGAUACAAGUUCUUCCCUGAAGUCAAGACCAAAGGCAUGGCAGCUGCUCCCAGACUGGUCCUCUUCACCUCAGAGCACAGCCACUAUUCCAUCAAGAAAACGAGUGCAGCUCUGGGCUUUGGAACAGAGAACCUGAUUCUUUUGAACACAGAUGAGAGAGGGAGAGUCAUUCCUGCUGAUUUGGAAGCCAAAGUAAUAGAGGCCAAGCAAAAGGGGUAUGUUCCCAUGUUUGUGAACGCCACCGCCGGUACCACCGUCUACGGAGCUUUUGAUCCCAUCAAUGAAAUAGCAGACAUCUGCGAAAAGUACAACAUGUGGCUUCAUGUAGACGGAGCCUGGGGAGGAGGUUUGCUGAUGUCCAGGAAACACCGACACAAGCUGAAUGGAGUAGAGAGGGCCAACUCAGUCACCUGGAACCCUCAUAAGAUGAUGGGAGUGCCGCUGCAGUGCUCUGCCAUCCUGGUCAGAGAGAGGGGCUUACUACAAGGCUGCAACUCCAUGUGUGCUGGAUACCUUUUCCAGCCGGACAAGCAGUACGAUGUUACCUAUGACACAGGCGACAAGGCCAUCCAGUGUGGGCGUCAUGUUGAUAUCUUCAAGUUCUGGCUCAUGUGGAAGGCAAAAGGAACAGUAGGAUUUGAGCAGCAUAUCGACAAGUGCCUGGAUCUGUCGGCGUACCUCUACGAUAAAAUAAAAAACCGAGAGGGCUUUGAGAUGGUGUUCAACGGAGAGCCGCAGCACACUAAUGUCUGCUUUUGGUACAUUCCACUGAGCCUGCGAGGCCUGUCUGAUGGUAAGGAGAGGCGCGAGAGGUUGCACAAGGUGGCCCCAAAGAUCAAGGCCAUGAUGAUGGAGUCUGGGACUACGAUGGUCGGCUACCAGCCACAAGGAGACAAAGUCAACUUCUUCCGCAUGGUCAUCUCCAACCCGGCCGCCACCAGGUCUGACAUCGACUUCCUGGUCGAGGAGAUCGAGCGACUGGGCCACGACUUGUAAGAGCCGCACCUGUGUAAUAAAACCUUUUCUUCCCCCUCCAAACAUCUGUCUUUUCCAACUCCGAAGAGCCCUGAGCUUGGCUUCGUGUCCCAUUUGUCUCAUAAAGACAUUGAGAUGUUUGCUCUUUUCUGGCAGCGCACAACAAAUAACGAUAUGCCCUGUGUGUCUCCGUCUUUUCUGUCUUUAGCAACAGUGACGUAUAUUUCAAACAUUAGCACAACAGGUUAAAAAAAGAACAAAGCACAGUGGUAUUCUUGCUAUGUGGAGUGGUAAUAUGAUGAGUUUAAUGGGAACAUGGAGCAGCAAGAAUAUCUAAACAUGUUGAUUCUGUAUCAAGCAGCUAUAAAAUAUUACUGAUGGUCGGUAUUAAAAACAGAAUAAAAUCCAAAUAUUUUUUCACAAAGCACAGUGUAGGAAACAGCAUAGUAUUGACAUAAACAGCAUUGAUAUAAGCUAAUUAUUAUAAUAAAUGCACCACAACAUUGUAGCUGUUCUUUCCCUUUGAUAUUCCAUAUAUGGGAACAUAGAGCACAGUCACUGUACUCGAAUGCUGUGUUUUUAGACAUCUUUGUGUAGACUGUGUAAAGUAUUGUUAACUUGCCUUUGUGCCAAAUGUGUCCUAGUUUUCCAGUGAGAAACUCCUAUAUGUAAAUGGAUCAUACAGUACAGUAUGUGCUAGAUUAAACACUAUUUAUAUGGAGAGAUUAUAAUUGUGAAUAUCUGCUAUUCGGUUCCAUUUGUAACGUAACCUCCCUGCUGUUUGGAAACUCCGCUGUAUUAUAUCGCAAUGUUUUGAAGAACAUUUACAUCUUUUAGUGUAUUUGUGAACCAAAGAAGGGCAAAGUUACAUUUAUGGCCCUUAUUCUCCCUUAAGGAAGGAUUCAGAUGUUUAUAUAAGAGUACUUAAUUUACCGCCUUUAACUUUAAGUGCAAUCUAUGUUGUGUAACUGUGCAAUGUCAUUGUGAUUCGCUGACUGAAUGUUGUCCAGACACUACAUGUGGGCUUCAUUAAUGAUAAAAAGCACAACGCUAAACCAUGAUCAUGGGGCAGCUUUUAUUCUAGGGACUUAUGAUUGUCUGUAUUAUAACGUGUUAGGUGGAGUUAUACUAUAAUAUGCAAAAUUUUGGUUUGUCUUAACAUGCUAACUGUGGGCACAAUUUUCUGUUGACCAAAUCUAUGUGAGAAACUGGGAUAAUUUAUCAUUAAGCCUUUUUGCUUGAACAAUGAAAUGCACAGAGUUUGCAAUUGUAAUAAGAUUUAUUGAACAAUUGUACAUUCCUGAAAUAGCGGGAUGAGACGUCCCUUGUUGCAUUCAGUGUAGGCACUUUAACGAAUCAUUUACAGAGUAUUGCUGGUGUAUCCACGACACUAAUAAAGACAUGAGCUGUAGAACA